AUGGUCAACGGGACGGCGGCAGUGCUCGAGCCCACAUUCACGGGGUACGUGGCGACAACACAGGAUGCCCUGAUUUUAUUCGAGGCCUGCUUGACGGGUGUCCUACAUCAUGUGCCGCGACGACCGCACGAUCGCGAACGGAGUCACUUGGUGCGCAGCGGUAGCGUCUUCAUCUACGAAGAAAACUCAUCCGGCAUCAAGCGCUGGACCGAUGGCGUGACCUGGUCUCCGAGUCGCAUUCUCGGCAACUUUCUAGUCUAUCGCGAGUUGGAGAAACCUUUUCCCCCGGGCGAAAAGAAGCGGGCCAUGAAGAAGGCCAACAGGCGACCGACGCCCGCCACGAGGCCCGGUGAACCAUACCCGCGACCCGAGAGCACCGGGACCGGCUACUCCCCGACAUCCCCCCCAGGCCCCUUUGGCGACACCCGGGCACCGCAUCAGUCGGAGGUGGAACGGGCUUUGGUGGGGUCCCUGGUGGACUCGUAUGGAUUCAAGGAGUCGGGCUUGGUCAAGAAGACCAUGAGCGUCACGGUCAUGGGCAUCACACAUCAUCUGGUCUCCUAUUAUAGUGUCGAGGACGUCAUGCGCGGCGUUCUCAAUCCACCCUCGAUGGUGGAAUCCCUGCGAUAUAUUCGGCCUCGGGCGGAACUCACCCAGAAGCAGAGCUUCCGCGCCCCCAUCGACGACAUGGAGACCGGCGCCCUGGAGAACCCUCACGAUCCCUCCCAUGCCUCCCUCUACGGUAUCGACCCCAGCAAUUGA